UUAAACUAGUACUGAAGCUUCUUUAUUUUUUUCUUGCCGCAUAUGGUUCAUCGAUUUAUUUUUUCACCUAAAGUUAGACAUCAUCACUUCUCAUUGAAACCCCAACAUCUUCUCUACACCUAGCAGUGAGGUUUAACAGAGCUUUUCCUUGCCUUUGGAUUAUUCUGCAUCACAGUUGUGAAGAAACUAUUUUUUUUGUUUUUUUUGUUUUUAUUCCAACUGCUAGAACACUAAAUCUGUCAUUGAGCAAAUCCAAAUUUCCGGCAUUAUUUGCCAAGGUUCCAGUGAGGUGAUUGGGACUUAAGAUGCAGAUUUUGUGACAACAGAAAAGGUUCAAGUUGAGCAGCAGAGAUGUUUAAGUCAGCGAGAUGGAGAAGCGAAAAGAUCAAGAUCAAAGCUGUAUUCAAAUUGCAGUUUCAGGCUACACAGGUGCCAGAGUCACGAGGAAAUCUCUUGAUGAUAUCUUUGAUUCCAGAGGAUGUUGGGAAGCCAACUGUGAGGUUGGAGAAAGCUGCAGUCAGGGAAGGAACCUGUACAUGGGAAAAUCCAAUCUAUGAAACGGUGAAGUUAAUCAAGGAGAAGAAAACAGGGAUAAUCCAUGAGAAAAUUUACCGUUUCAUUGUUUCAACUGGAUCAUCCAAAACAGGUAUUCUGGGAGAAGCUUCAAUUAACUUUGCAGACUAUGAAGAGGCUACUGAACCGCUGACUGUGUCUCUGCCCCUUCAGACUCUCAACUCUGGUGCAAUUUUACAUGUCACAAUCCAGAAUACGCAAGGAGUUGCUAAUCAAAGAGGUGUUGAAGAAAAAGGAAGUCAAGCAACUAAAUCCCAACAUAGGAGAUCCCAGAGCCAAAUUGUCAACUGCAAAACAGACAGAAACCAAUAUAAUUUAACUGACGAUGAGGACCUUGAUAGAAUCACGUCUCAGAAUGGUGAAAACAAAAACUUCAGAGUAAAUUGUGGCUCUUAUGCUACAUUAACUCCAACAGCACAAGAUCUUGGAUUGAAGAAUGCUACUACUCAUCGGAAUCCUAACAGCCUUCUAUCACCACUCAGACAGAGCUCCAGGCCUCAAGAGGGAACAAUUGCUGCCACCACAAGAAAAGAUCGUAUGCAUUGGAGAUCAAAUACAGAUUUUUCUGUUGGUUCUGCUUCAGAUGGCAGCAUGAACGACUCGACAAACAGUGCAGAAGACAACUUUCCAGGAGGUUUCAAAGAGGAUUCGGACAGUACUACUGAAAAACUCAAAAGUGAAAAUUUUAACUUGUUGAGGCAAGCAGAAUUAUCAGAACUGGAAUUGCAGUCUCUUCGGAAACAGAUUGCGAAGGAGUGUAAAAGGGGACAAGAUCUAACAAGAAAAAUUGUUGGUCUAAAAGAGGAGAGAGAUGCACUUGAAGAAGAAUGUGAACAACUCAAAUCCAUGAAGAAAUGUAUCAAUGAUGAAGAACUCUCAGACAGGUUAACAUUUGAGAGGGAAGCUUCAAGGGUCCUUCUGGAAGAAAUGAGGAAAGAGCUGGACUAUGAAAAGGAUUUAAAUAGGAAUCUUCGGUUACAACUGCAGAAGACUCAAGACUCAAACUCUGAGUUGAUUAUUGCUGUGAGAGACCUUGAGGAAAUGUUGGAACCAAGGAAUAAGGAAAUAUUUCAGCUUUUCGGUGAUAUAGAAAACAGAGAGAAAAGUGAUGAUGUUGAGGCAAAAAUUUCCAUACUGAAAAUGAACAAGAAUGAAGACCAAGAGGCACUGGAGGAGCUGGUUGAGGAGCAUAUCAAUGCCAAGGAAGUUGACGUCUUACAGAAAAAGAUGACAGACCUGCACGGUGAAAUAGAGGAGCACAGGAAAGACAGGGAAGAGCUAGAGAUGUGUAUGGCACAGCUUGCAUUGGACAAUGAAAUUCUAAAACAGGAAAAGCAAAAUAUCUCAACUUUGGAGCAAUACCAGAAGCAAGAACUAAUGAAGAUACAAAAUGAACUCUCAGCUUCAUUGGCUACCAUUAAAGAACUUGAAUCCCAGGUGGAGAGACUAGAGAAAGAAAUCAAGAAGCAGGCACAAGAACUCUCAGAAUCUUCCAAUGCUGUUAAUGAACUUCAGAUGCAGGUUAAGAGCUUGGAGAAAGAAUUGGAGAAGCAGGCACAGGGUUUUGAAGAUGAUUUGGAAGCCAUGACACGUGCCAAAAUUGAACAGGAACAGAGGGCUAUCCGAGCAGAGGAGACCUUGAGAAAGACAAGGUGGAAUAAUGCUCAAUCAGCUGAGAGGCUUCAAGAGGAAUUUAGAAGGAUUUCUGUGGAAAUGACAUCUAAGUUUGAUGAGAACGAGAAGGUGGCCAUGAAAGCAGUGACAGAAGCUAAUGAUUUGCGUGUGCAGAAAAGAAUUCUGGAAGAGAUGCUCCAGAAAGCCAAUGAGGAGAUUGGAUUAAUUAAAGAUCAGUAUGAUGUAAAACUGCAAGAGCUGUCAAACGAAGUAGAUUUGAAAACAAAACAAAUAGAGAAGAUGACAUUGGAUCUUGACGAGAAGCCCAAGCAACUUGAAUAUGCAGAAAAACAGGAGGGAGAAAAACAUGAGGCUUCCUUUGCAGAGAUCCAAAUGCUCAGAGCUGAGAUAGAAAGGAUCACAAGUGAGAAGAAAACCCUCUCAGAACAGGUGGAAGAGAAAGAAAAGUUUAGAGAUGAGAUGGAACAAAUGAAGACAGCAAUUGGUGAAACAGAAAGACUGAUAAAAAGACAGGAUGAAGAAAAAGCAGAAUUGGAAAGAAAAUUUGCUUCGGUGAUGAAGGAAGCAGAGAAAGUACAGGAGGAUUUACAUACAAUGACUUGUAUGAAGGAUGACAAUGAGACAUUGAUUGGGAGCUUGCAAUCAGAACUAGACAACCUUAAACCUCAGUACAGUGAGUUGAAAAACCUCUUGUUUCAAGAAGUGCUAGAGAAGGAAAACCUCAUGCAACAAGUAUUUCAAUUGAAGGGUGACCUAGAGAAGAAAGAAGAGGUUGUUGCUGUUACAGAGAAUAUAGGCAAGGAUAACAAUGGACAAGCUACAUUAUCAGAUGGAACACAAGCGACUGCCACCACAAUGGAACAACUCAAUCAUAGGACAACAAUUUGUGAAGAACAAUUUCAAAAGGAGGCCAGAGAAGCUGGGAAUGUUACAGCGCUUGCUAGUCAGCAUGAAGAAGGAGAAAAUACAGGGGAAGAUUUGUUAAAUCCCGGGAUGAAAUCAAUGGUAUGCCUGUCAGUCCAAAAUGAAAUGGGCACAACAUCAGUUCAAAGACAUGUAGAAACUUACUCAGAGAAAGAGAUGACCGUCUCCAUUUUCCAUACCAAUGAUGAGAGUAAUCUCACUGAAUUGUUAGCUGAAGUGGCAUUGCUUAAGGAAAGGAACAAAUCCAUGGAAGGGGAGCUUAAAGAAAUGCGAGAGAGAUACUCAGAGAUAAGUCUCAAAUUUGCAGAAGUUGAAGGUGAAAGGCAACAGCUUGUGAUGACUGUACGGAACCUCAAGAAUGGUAAGAAAAGCUAAAAAUGCUCCAGGCCAAGAACAGCAACACACAUAUGUGAAGCAGAUGGAUUUGCAUGGCAGCAGAUCCAUGUGUAACCUAAUAAUUGGAUUUGGUCCAAAAAAAAUAUAGCAUGUACAUAAUAUCAAUUCUUUCAUUGUGAUUUUGUUUUUCAUCUCCCCUUUAGGAGGCAGCAAAAUAAUUAAUCAAGUUGAAUGUGCUUCCAUAGAUAGUGGAUCCAAGUUUCUCAAGCCAAUGAAGCUUAACAUGAAAAAUGUAUUAUGCUUAUUAUCAAGAUAUUGUGUUCCAUUCAUGCAA